AUGGCUCUGCCAAAUCUCCGCCGCCUCUUUGUCGAGGCGCGAACCGAGGCAGAAGAGAACGAGUACUCCCGCAAUGCCUUUUACAACUUGGUCUUGUUCAUUUCGUCCGUGGCUGUCUUCAGCCUCGUAGCACAACGCAUGAGCGGCAACAAGGCUAUCAAAUAA